GCCCCCCCCGCCCGUUCCCAGGCCCGCAGCGCUCGGCAGGAAAAUGUUACUGUCCGUCCAGCCGCGGGCCGCCGUCGCCACCUUCGGCUACAACAAACCCGGCAAGAAGCAGCCUUAUGUGUCAGUGGCCCAGCAGAUGGCGCCCCCGAGUCCCAGCGGCAGCAGCAACAACAACAGCGGCGGCGGCGGGGGAGGCGGGGACCAGCUGAGCAAAACCAACCUGUACAUCCGGGGUCUGCACCCGGGCACCACCGACCAGGACCUCGUCAAGCUGUGCCAGCCAUAUGGCAAAAUUGUUUCCACGAAAGCUAUCCUGGACAAGACGACCAACAAGUGCAAAGGCUACGGCUUUGUCGAUUUCGACAGCCCCACGGCGGCGCAGAAGGCCGUGACAGCGCUGAAGGCCAGCGGGGUGCAGGCCCAGAUGGCGAAGCAACAGGAGCAGGACCCCACGAACCUGUACAUCUCCAACCUGCCGCUCAGCGUGGACGAGCAGGAGCUGGAGGGGAUGCUGAAACCCUUCGGGCAGGUGAUCUCCACCCGUGUCCUGCGUGACCCCAAUGGCACCAGCCGCGGCGUCGGCUUUGCCAGAAUGGAGUCCACAGAAAAGUGCGAAGCCAUCAUCACCCACUUCAACGGGAAAUACAUCAAGACCCCCCCAGGGAUCCCAGCCCCCUCAGAUCCGCUGCUUUGCAAGUUUGCCGACGGGGGGCAGAAGAAACGCCAGCCGCAGGGGAAAUACGUGCAGAACGGGCGGGCCUGGCCGCGGGACGGCGACUCGAGCGGAAUGACCUUGACCUACGACCCCACCACAGCUCUGCAGAACGGGUUCUACCCGACCCCCUACAGCCUGGCGCCCAAUAGGAUGAUUGCUCAGACCACGCUCGCCCCUUACCUCCCAUCACCCAUGUCCUCCUACCAGGUUCACAGCCCCUCCUGGAUGCACCAUCAGUCGUACCUCAUGCAGCCCACGGGGACGGUGCUGACGCCGACCAUGGACCACACCAUUUCCAUCCAGCCCGCCUCCAUGCUGGGCCCCCUGACCCAGCAGCUGGGCCACCUCUCCCUCAGUAGCACUGGCACGUACAUGCCAGCGGCAGCAGCUAUGCAAGGAGCUUACAUCCCUCAGUACACGCCCGUGCCUUCCUCCAGCAUCUCAGUUGAGGAGAACAGCGGCCAGCAGAGCCAAGUGGCUGUCGAGUCUCCGUCAGAUCAUGCUGCCUACUCCUAUCAGUACAGCAAGUAACUGCAGCUGGACCAGGCGUCUCUGCUCCGAGCACUCGCCCCGAGGGAGAUCGCCACCUCCUCUUUGAUUUGUGCUGCAUCUAGAAGGUCGAAUCCAAUAUUUUUUUCUUCGUUCGUUUCUUUCUUUUGCAAAGAAAACAGUUUUGUAAAAAAAAAAAAACACAAACAAACAAAAAAAAAAAAACGGCAAUAGACUCUGCUCACCAAGGAACCAAAGCGGUGGAAUGGGGGGGCUGGGUCACCAGAUCACUCCACGCGGACGGACAGAUGGACUGAGACCUAUUUUAAUAUGAGGAAAAAAAAUGUGUUUGGUUUAUUUUUGGUGGUUGUUUUUGAAGAAACCCUUUUUUAUUUGGGUGGCUCUUUAAGGAGAGGCUUGAUCCAGGAGGGUGGAUCUGGCUGCCCCGGCGUGGAGAGGCUGCAGAUUCAAAUCUCUGGGACAAUCGUCGUUUUCUUUUGUCAGUUAAGGAUUACUUUUUUGUUCCUUCUUUUUUCUUUUCGUUUCUUUUUUUUUAAAGGAAAAAUAUGCAACAUUUGAACAAUUUUAUUUCGACGGGGUUUUGGUUGUACUGCUCCCCGACUGAUUCCGCCCAUUUCUUCGCUCCCCUCCGGACGCUUUUCCACGCCUGAAUGCCACUGUAGGAGAGAGAAUUUUUUGGGGGGGGGAGGGGUUGCUUUACAAGAAAAGGAAAAAAACCGCCACAAAAACCUACAAAAAAACGCCACAGUUGAUUUUAUUGUUUUUUGGUUUUUUUUCUCCUGGGUUUUAUAAAAAAGGAAAAAGUCUAAAAAAAAGAAAAAAGAAACACUAAAAAAAACCAGGAUCUAAUGAGAUGAACCUAGCAGGAAUCCGUGACUUUCCAACGGGAGGACGAGGCGGGAGAUACGCUGCAUUGUGCACUGGCUGGCGGGAUUUUGGGCAGGGGAAAGGUUGGCCAUGAACUCCAUGCCAGGGCGCAGCUCCAGGAAACCUCUAGGAUCCUUAAUCCUCUCCCUGCUUGAGCUUUGCCGGACGGGAUUGCUGCUCGUGUUGGACUCCAGCUUGGACUGGGGGGAUUUGUGGUCUCUGCUCUGGCCCCUGUCCUUUCCUAUUAGAUGCUACGUACGUGGACUCGCCUGGGUCAGGACUCUGGACUCAGCCCUGGCCCCCCUUCCAAAAGCCUCGUGCCGCUUUUCUGCGUCACCCGUGACGUCUUGUGCUUCCGGACUCCGCUUUGUGUCCACCCGUCCCACGCGCCUACAGCCCGAGGGGACCCGGCACCGGCUUGUCCCUGUCCGCCCUGCGGGAUACACAGUGCCUUCACUGCCUGCAUUCCAGACCGUGCCAGCAGACCCAACCCUGCCGUCGUGGAGACCUUCCCGCCCCCCCCCCCAAACUGGGAUCCGUGCACGGGGGGGGGAACAGCCGAUUGGCGACACACAACCCCCCCGCCACACCUGCUGCUCUUCACGGCGGUAGGAACAGCUGGUCGGCACGGGCCACAGGAGGACGACGGGGCCCCACGCCACACCCACCUCGGUGGACAAGGUUGCGGGGGGUUGGUUGGAUUCUGGCAUGGCUGGAUUGCCCCCCUUCUUCCCGAGAGGGGGGAGCUGGGUGGUGGCUUUUCGGGGGCGGGGGGGAGGGGCAGAGCUGGUGCUGCCCUUGCUGCAGAUGGGGAUCUCAUUUCUAUGCACAUCCCAGCCCUUCCCAGACCCCCCCGACCUCCACGCACCCCAUAGCAGGAGGCAGGACAAGUGCAAUAAACCAUAACGCUGCCCCCCACCCCCCCAGAUCCCUGACUCCCAAAUCUCUUUUACCUGGAGACCAAGCUCUUAAAGGUACCAGGCACUUUAGACUUAUCCGCACGUUCUCAAAACAAUGUCUCCCCGCUUUGUGAAAUGCUCUGCUGUGAUUCCUUCCCCCCCAGAUGGUGCUAAACCCUCCCCCUGCCCCACUGGAUAGACGCACCCCUUGGCUGGCACAAUCCUGCCCUCCCCCCAAUAUCUGUUACAUUGGAUAGACUGUGAAACAGAUAGGCCGGCCCCUUCUCCGAGGGACAUACUGGGCCCCCCAUCCUUGCUGGUCUCCCCUUCUUCAGAACCGAAACCUCUGCCCUUCACCCUAGUCCUAACCCUCCUGGGCUGGGGGUUGGCCUGCCCUGCCCCUUGGAGAAAAUAGCUCUUAUGCAGCUGACAAUCAGUGAUGUUUCUGUUGCAUGCGCGAGUGAGUUGUGUAGUAGUGAGAGAAGCAGAUGAAGGGGGGGGGGGUUCGAGGGAGAAAGCUCUGGCCAAGGGGUUUGUAGAGGGGGCAAUGGGUGAUUUAUGCUGUGUGUGUGUGUCGGGUGCAUCUCCCCCCGUCCCAGUCCAUUCUGGGUGGUGGGGAGGGGUGGACACCCGUUACGUGUUUUCACUUCCAUGCUCCAGCUGGGGUGAAGAAUGGUCAGGGCCUGGCAAGUUAAAUAUUACCCUACCCCCACCCCCCAAGCUGAGAGCAAUUUAAGCGCCUCUGCAUCCCUGCCCCAAGCCACUUUAUCAAGGUUGGGGGGUCUGGGGCCUGGGCCAGGAGAUCUGACUUUAAUGGCCGAGCUCCCCCAGGGUGGGAUGCACGGCCUUCCCCCCCCAGCACCCCAUCUCUUGUUCACCCCUUGGCUGUCCUUACAGCAGAAAGCUAGAGGGGCACCCAGCCAGCCUGGGGUGGGGCAGGGAACAACGGAUGCUACCCCUGCCCCCCCAGUUGCAUGGUUCCUGGGGGCAGCCCAGCAGCUGGCCCGGCUCCACCUUUCCUCCCUAGACACUAAGGCACAUAUGUGCCAACACAGAGGAAAGGAGGCGGAAAGGCUGCCCCACAUAAUCUGUGCUGGGCCCACCCGCAGGGGUGGGGCAGGCCUCCAAAAUGCCUAAAUCCGCAGGUGUCCGGCGCCUCGCCUGGCCCCAUGCGGUGCCUUAAUCUGCAUUGUGGUGCCUGGCGCUGGCGCCGCUGGGCUCGAACCCGGGACCCAGGUGGCCUCAGAGGCCCUGGCGCUGGGACUCGGCAGUGGCCAGUCCUUGUGCUUCAGGAACUGUGCUUAAAUCCACCGGGCUCCGACGUGCUGGGCCGAUCCUGGGUGCCGGGGGGGGAUGGGGACGGACAGAGCCCCAUGGGAACCCCGAGAAAGCUGCAGACUGGCUGCCCCCCUCCCCCAAUGGCUGCGUUUGAAGAAUUUUGUUCUUUUUCAUGAAUUUUUUUGUAAGUUUCCUUAAAAAAAAAAAAAGUUUCCUGGUCCUUUCCCAGCCCCCUGGCUGGGGCAGAGCUGUGGUUUUUACUGCUCACAUGUUCUGGGUGUUAAGUUCCACCUUUUGGAGGUGUUGGGGGUGGGGGCGGGGAGGGGGGGUUGGUGUCGCUGGCCGUGAUGGCGUCUUAGGUUGAAAUUGUUUGAUCCAGGUUUUUAAAAAAUAUUGUAUUGAUUUGUGACAUGAAUGCGCGGGGGUGGGGCGAUUUGAGGAAGGUUUAAGUUUGAUUUUUCUGUGGAGUUGCUUUUUGGGGUGCUUUGGUUGUGCAGCCCCUGAACACCCCCUGCCGCCAGCUCGCAGGCCUGCUGUUUGCUUCUGAGGUGGGGGGGGGGUUGUGUGUCCUGUCCAUGGCUGCUGGGGGGUGGGGGCCCCGGAGCGGCUGGUGCCUCCAGCAGGCACAGCCUGGCGGUGCGGGUGAAUCCCUCGUCCAUUUCAGCUGCAUGGGGGGGGGGGAUCCCUUCAAAAGCCAAGCCUCCCCCCCUCCAAAAAACCCACCUCAGCACUUUGUCUGUUUGUAACAACCUCGGGGAGGGGGGAAGCUCGUUAGAAAUAAGCCAAUAGGUUGCCCUGGUAACACCUCCCCCUCCCCUCUCCAGCUAGUUACCUGCCCCAAACACCUCAGCCAGUCCCCCCACCCCAGCCAAUAAACCUCCUGCCCCCCCCCCGACAGGCUGGGGGGUGGGUAGCGCACCAGGUUCAAUGUUUUGUCCCAUUAACCAAAGAUCGCUGGGCCCCAAGGCGCUGCCCCACAGCAUCAGCCCCCUACCCCCCAGCCCCCGGUGACCAGGCCCUUUCGAGGUAGCCAGAGGCGCCCUGUGUCAACCAAAGCAGCUGGCGCCAGGCCUGGGUCAGGGAAGGGCGGGGGGCUGGGGCAGUGUAGGAACCCCCAAAAGUGCAGUGUAACAUAAAAGCAACCCCCCUGCCUCAAGCUGGGUUCCCCACCCCACUGCUCUUGGCUCCAUUUGCCCACUUGUGGGAGGACUUCGGGGGCUCAGGGCAGAGCCGGGGCCGCUGCUGCCCUGUGUCGUAUCUAGGAAGGGAGGAGCGGGGUGGGGUCUAAGCAGCUGGAGUGUUGGGGUGCAUGGUGGGGGGGGGCUAGUCUCAGUGCUGCCCCCACCACACUCCAGCGUUUCCUGGGCUCGGGGCGCACCAGGCUGCGGGUUCUCCCCUGCCACAGGCUGUUGGGGGGCAUGGGGCCCUGCAGGCCAAGCCCAGCCAUGGGCCAAGGCCGGCCCCUGCUGGGGGGUCCCACCCUGGAUGUCUGGGGGAGGUGGGGGGGUGCCCAGUUGGCACUGCUGUUCCCUGGCUCCCGCCCCACUGCUGGUGUUCAGGCCCCAACAAUAAGAGACCAUUCCCUCCCCCCCCCCCCCCCCGACUGCCAGUGCAGCGGGGGGGUCGGGCCUGGCUGGGCAGGAAUCCUGCUAGACUUUAAGUCUUGUGCCUUGAUUGUUCCCUGCCUGAUCCAGCCCCUGCACUUUAGGGGUGAGCGCGGGGCGGCUGGCGUGUAUCUCCCCCAUUAACAGCCUGGGCCUGCAGUUGGGUUCUGGUAUCUCCAAGAGAUGCCUCGCCCACGUGCCCUGUGAGUUGUGCCAGUCCCUGAGGCCUGGCAGAGCCUAGAUUAGCACCCCCCCCCCCGUGCACUGCCCGUCAUUGGCCAGCACACCCCCCCCCCCCCCCGGUGAAGCUCUGGGUGCUCCUGAAUUCCACGCUCGUGGUUACAUUUGCCACAUGCGCCCUGCCCCUAGCUACACAGCUACCUCGCCCCCCCAUGGCGGCUCAUCUCCGGCACGUUGCACCCCGAGGGGCUGCCCGGCCCCCUGGGCUGGAGGUGCAAAGCCGUGGCCCACUCCCCACGCUCCACCGGUUCAUGGUUUCACAAACCUCAUGUUGCUGCUAAUUACUGGGGUGCCUGUUUGCCAGACAGGGCCCCGCUGGUGGUUGUUUCAGAUAGCGUUUUGUUCCGUUGCCUGGGUCGGGGGGGGUGAGUUAGAGCUUGAGCAGCCUGGGGGGGGGGUGGUCCCACCCUGGCAGCUAACCAAAGAGGUGCUGGGAAGCCACGGGCGUGGGGGUGGGUGGAGGAUAAAACAGCCUCUGGCAUUAAAGGCCAGGCCACGGGCGCUGGCACGACCCCACCUGCCAUGGGCAUCGCUGGUGCCUGGGGAUGGGAAGCCGCAGCCUAGCAGCUGGUGUCUGCUGCCUUGGGACCAGCCCAGCCUGGGGUUUAAUCCCAGCAGAGGAGCGUUGGGGAAGCAGAUCCCGGGCUCGCCGGGCAGAGGCCACAGUAGGGAGGGAUGCAAGGCCUUGGGGCUGAGCCCGUGCCAGCUGCCCCCCAUUGAAAUUGGCAGCUCUGAGCUUUCAGCUGCAGUGGUUGUGAGCCCCAGAACCACCCCUCAAGCUGUGGGCACCGGCCCCCAUCUCAGCCCGCACGCUGCCCCUGCGGCCAUCCCAGCGCCUGGCUGUGGCCUCGGCAGCAUAGCAGGCACCAAAUCACACAUGGCACCUGUGGGUGGGGGGUCGCACGCCUGCCCCACAGGGCUGCAGGCUAGCCCCAGUGCUGGCUCGAGGCCCUAACCGCUGGGCAGGGGGGCUGGGCUGCUGGAGAAAUGGGAUGCUAAACCAACCACCUCUUUUGCCACUCCCCCCGUGCUGCUCCCCCCCGCCCUGUCUUGCCCCCCAGGAGGUAGCACCCUUUAAUUUAUACCAAGGAGCAUUUUGUACAGGUUUUUACGUUUUUGGGUUUGUUUUUUUUUUUUAAAAAUCUCAAGGUUUCUAGUUUUGUAUUCUUGCCGCUUCUGUGCUCCAGCCGGGCUUGUCCCCCCCAUCCCCCGCUGCUGAUGGAGCUCCCACUCUGCUCAUGUGGACGUGUUUGUUUUUAAAUAAAAAGCUGGGAAAUAA